AAACUCGGCACAAAGGAAAAUCCAUUGGCCGCAAAGAGAAAAAGAUAACACGGCGAGCGAGAGAGAAUAGAAUAGAAAAAAAAAUCCAUGGAGUCCAGGUUCGUCUCUCUGUCCACCGCGACCGCGACGACGGCGGCGGCGAGAACCGGCGGCGCUUCAUUGCCUCUCCUCACCAUAUCCAAGGCCCUACACCGCCAUUUAGCCAGCGCCAAACGCCUUCACCCGCUCCUUCUCACUCGCUCUUCUCUCCCGCACCAACUCGCCACUCGUCGUCUCCAAUUUUUCUACGCAACUCGUUUUACCGCCUCCGAUUCGUCUUGUUAUCGCGCGUCUUCUGCUGCGUAUUACUCAGUGUUUAGAAGCUUAUGCGCUGCUGUUGCGCCGGAAAUCCAGCGUCGGUUGCAGUGCUCCCCCAGCUCCGCCGCGUCGUUUGGGACUGUUUCCGGCGGCGGUUUAGGAGGCGGAGGAACCGGUGGUAGCGGCGGCGGAGGAGGUCGAUGGGACGGUGGAGACUCGGAAUCAAAAUUGGGUGCCGGAGCAGGUGAUGGUGUCCCUUCUCCGUCAUCAGAUGUCAUUAUUCUCGAUGUUGGGGGGAUGACAUGCGGAGGUUGUGCAGCAAGUGUGAAAAAAAUACUGGAAAGCCAGCCUCAAGUUUCUACUGCGAGUGUUAAUCUCACGACCGAGACAGCCAUAGUGUGGCCAGUACUCGAAGCAAAAUCUGUGCCAAACUGGAAAGAGGAGCUAGGAGAGAUGCUUGCAAAACAUCUGAGUAAUUGCGGAUUUGAAUCAACCCCUCGAGGUUUGACGAAUGUGAAUUUCUUCCGAGUUUUUGAAUCAAAGAUGAAAGAGAAGCAUACUCGCUUAAAAGAGAGUGGUCGUGAGCUUGCUGUUUCAUGGGCCCUAUGUGCUGUGUGUGUGGUCGGCCAUCUAACUCAUUUUCUAGGUGUUAAGGUUCCCUGGAUCCAUGCUUUUCAUUCAACAGGAUUCCAUGUCUCCUUAUCUUUGCUUACAUUGCUUGGCCCUGGACGUCAGCUCAUAAUUGAUGGCAUCAAAAGCCUUUUAAAGGGUGCUCCAAACAUGAACACUUUAGUUGGUCUUGGGGCUUUGUCAUCAUUUACUGUUAGUUCAUUGGCAGCCAUGAUCCCCAAGCUGGGCUGGAAGACGUUUUUUGAGGAGCCGGUUAUGUUAAUAGCUUUUAUAUUGCUUGGAAGGAAUCUUGAGCAGAGAGCCAAAAUAAAAGCUACCAGUGAUAUGACCGGUCUUCUUAGUGUUUUACCUUCAAAGGCUCGUCUUCUUCUUGAUGGUGAUCCGCAGAAUCCAAGUUCGACUGUUGAGGUUCCUUGUAAUAGUUUAUCUGUGGGUGAUUUAGUCGUCAUACUACCAGGAGAUCGAGUUCCGGCAGAUGGUAUCGUUAGGUCGGGUAGAAGCACCAUUGAUGAGUCAAGCUUGACGGGGGAGCCUUUGCCCGUGACAAAAGAGUCAGGGAGUCAAGUUGCUGCAGGAUGUAUAAACCUGAAUGGAACCCUUACAGUCGAGGUGCGUAGAUCAGGGGGAGAGACAGCAGUUGGGGACAUUGUUCGUCUGGUUGAAGAAGCUCAAAGUAGGGAAGCUCCAGUACAGCGUUUGGUUGACAAGGUUGCUGGACGCUUCACGUAUGGUGUGAUGGCACUGUCUGCUGCUACAUUUAUGUUCUGGAAUCUAUUCGGUUCAUAUAUUCUCCCAUCUACCUUGCAUAAUGGGAGCCCAGCUUCCUUGGCCCUUCAAUUGUCUUGCAGUGUUCUGGUUGUGGCUUGUCCAUGUGCCCUUGGGUUGGCUACACCGACUGCAAUGCUGGUUGGCAUAUCAUUAGGAGCAAGAAGAGGAUUGCUUCUUCGUGGUGGUGAUAUACUUGAAAAAUUCGCUUCAGUUGAUACUGUUGUCUUCGACAAAACUGGGACAUUAACAAGAGGCCAUCCAGUUGUGACCAAAGUUGUGAUUCCUGAAUAUUCAAGAUACAAUUUGGGUGACACUUUGUCAGAAGUUGAGGUUUUGAAGCUAGCAGCUUCCGUGGAAUCAAAUACUUCUCAUCCCGUUGGUAAAGCGAUUAUUGAAGCAGCUCGGAAUCAUAAUUGCCAAAUCAUAAAGGUAGAGGAUGGAACAUUUAGUGAGGAACCAGGAUCUGGUGCUGUUGCUAUCGUCAACAAUAAGAGAGUUACGGUUGGAACACUGGAUUGGCUUCAGAGACAUGGAGUUGCUGAGAACCCAUUGCAUGCAAUCGAAGGACAUGAAUUUAAAAGCCAGUCCACUGUGUACAUCGGGGUGGAUAACACACUUGCGGCUCUUAUCUGUUUCGAAGAUAAAGUCAGGGAAGAUGCUCAGCAGGUUGUUGAGAAUCUGAGCAGACAAGGAAUUGAUGUGUACAUGUUGUCUGGUGACAAGAGGAAUAAUGCAAACUAUGUGGCCUCUGUUGUCGGAAUUCCUCAGGAAAGGGUCAUAGCAGGAGUUAAACCGGGAGAGAAGAAGAGAUUCAUAAAUGAACUUCAGAAAACCCGGAAAGGUGUAGCUAUGGUGGGCGAUGGAAUCAACGAUGCUGCAGCUUUGGCUUCAUCUGAUGUUGGAGUAGCCAUGGGUGGAGGUGUAGGAGCCGCCAGUGAGGUCUCUCCUAUCGUGUUGAUGAGCAAUCGGUUAUCACAGUUGCUUGAAGCAUUGGAGCUGAGCCGGCAAACCAUGAAGACGGUGAAGCAAAAUCUUUGGUGGGCCUUUGGAUACAACAUUGACUUGGUCGGUACCCUGUCGGUGGAGCUGGGGGGAGGACGAGAUGUCAGCCUGAGGGUAGGAGAAUGGGAGAGACAUACCCAGGCAAGUGAUGGAGGCAAGGUAGGAAUCCCCAUAGCGGCAGGAGUGUUGCUGCCAUUGACAGGAACGAUGUUAACCCCAUCCAUCGCCGGGGCUCUCAUGGGUCUGAGUUCUGUCGGGGUCAUGUCCAACUCCUUACUCCUCCGCUUAAGGUUUUCCUCCGACAACAAUCUGAACAGAACAAAACAUCUGGACGGGAGGGCGAGAUCGAAGGACACACCCUAGAGAAACAGGACGGUUAUUUGAAUCGCAAAUUGUUCUCUCAUGGGACCCCUUGACGGUUUUUGCAAGUGCCCAUUUUUUGUCAAAACUCACUUUCGACAACAGACUUGGUUUUUUGUUUGUUUUAUUUUUAUGGUUAUAUUAUAUUUGGGGAAAAAAUAUAUAGAACGACGUUGUGGUA